ACCGAGCCAUCGAAACGCAAGUCCUUUACUGAGAAAACACAAAACGAAACGCCAAGAAAGAAAAGCGAGCAAGAAAAAGAGCCAAUCCAAGCAAGCCCUAAAAAUGGUGGUCGAAGACGCACCCAAGACUUCAGCUUCAGAAGAUCAGGCCAAGACCGAGACGAACCCUAAACCAAGGGAAGAGGACGAUGAGCCCGAAGAAGGAGAGAUCGUGGGCGACGAAGAAUCGGCGUCGAAGCCAUCGAAAGGAAUAGCGCCACAGUCUCAUGCUCUGGAGCACUCAUGGACCUUCUGGUUCGAUAGCCCCGCAGCAAAGUCCGCUAAGACUAAGCAAGAGGAUUGGGGGAGUUCCAUUCGCCCGAUCUAUACCUUCAGUACCGUCGAGGAGUUCUGGAGCAUUUACAAUAAUAUACGUCAUCCAAGCAAGUUGGCUCUUGGCACGGACUUCCAUUGUUUCAAAUAUAAAAUUGAGCCAAAGUGGGAGGAUCCUGUGUGUGCUAAUGGAGGGAAGUGGACUGUAACUUUUCCUAAAGGGAAAUCUGAUACUUCUUGGCUGUAUACGUUGCUAGGAAUGAUAGGAGAACAGUUUGAUCAUGGAGAUGAAAUUUGUGGAGCAGUUGUCAACGUCAGAAAUAGGCAAGAAAAGAUAUCUAUUUGGACGAAGAAUGCAAUAAAUGAAGCUGCUCAGCUGAGCAUUGGGAAACAGUGGAAGGGGUUUCUGGAUUACAAUGAAACUAUAGGGUUCAUAUUUCAUGAGGAUGCAAUGAGACAAGAGAGAAGUGCCAAAAAUAAAUACGUAGCCUGAUGUGUAUAUUGUUCUUUGCUAGUACUUGAUGCUUUCUAACUGCAACAGCAUUCUAUGCUGAGAUGCAGAGUAACUUCUGGUUAACUUCUGGUUCACAAUUACAGAUUUUAGACUUUUCUUCGAAUUUACAUUUUAAGAUGUACAAUGGAUAUGAGCUGUUUACUUUCUACAAAAUGUUUUGCUUGCAUCUUGAAGUAGUUUGAUUAAGUUAUUGCUCCUACUCAUCUGAGUAAAUUAUUUUCUUUUGACAAAUGUAUGUGGUAUUAUUAAAUCCAGUUCGCACUAGAUUCUA